UCCGUCUGGACUUCAAUUUUCUGUGACAGUCUGAAGGAACCGGGUUCUCCAGGAUGGGAUCCGUUUGUCUGUUCCUGCUGUUCCUCCUCACAGUUGGCUCUGAGGCGUUGAACCCAUCUGAUAACCAGGAACUGCCCUCCAUAAACCAGCAGAUCUCACAGAGACCAGAGUUUCCAUUACCUGUGGCCAAAAGUCCCGCCCCAGUGGAGGCAAGCCCCUCCCCCGUAUCAACAUGCCCCACCCCUGUUGACACAACCCACACUGAUGCAUCCACAAGCCCCGCCCCCAAAACGCCUAAAGCGCCCAAGAGAGACGAGUUUCUGGGUUCAUCUGAGUGUUUGGACAAAAAGCGGACUCGAGCGUCAUGUGACCUGGUGUUCUGCCGUCCGUGGGAACGUUGCAUCGAAGGACGGUGUUCUUGCAAACCGCCCUACCUGUGUCCCUUCGAGAACGUGAGGCCGGUUUGCGGGCGGGACCACAGGAACUACAGAUCCUACUGCCAGGCGAUGGCGCUCUCGUGUCGGACCAAGAAGCCCACCAUGUCCCACUUUGGGGAGGACUGCGAAGCGAGUUUCCAAAAGUCCUCGAGUUCCGUAGAUGAAGACACCGGUGUGGUGUCCAUGUUCCUGCCCGGCAGCAACGGAGGCGGCGAGGAGGUUCUGAUUUGUCAGAAGCUGUGGGACACGGCGGCGGCGAACGUGGCCUGCAGGGAGCAAGGAAAACCACUGGGAGCAGCUUCUGCCGAUUUGGUACCGUUUGACUCCCUGACCAACAAACCGGACAGAUGCGUUAGCGUCCGCUGCCAAGGCUACGAGACGUCGCUGUCGGAGUGCAUCAUCUACGACAAAGUGAGGAGCAGCCACGAAAGGGUCGCCGCCGUGUCCUGUUACGAAGCUCUGCAGAAGCCUCAAGCAGACGAGUGUGACUUCAGCUGUGCGAACUCGAAGUGCGUUCCUCUGAACCGGACGUGUGACGGCGUCGAUGACUGCGGCGACCGAAGCGACGAAAUGUGCUGCAAAAGUUGCAGGAACGGAGCGUUUCGCUGCAAAACCGGAGUCUGUCUGCACGGAGAAGCCGUCAACGACGGACAGAUCGACUGUCUGGACGGAGAGGACGAGGCAGAGAGACACAAGAAGAAGACGACGCACAGUAAGAGUUCACACGACGACACCUUCACGAAGACAAAGAUGACGUUUGUUUGUCUUGUUUCAGAGUUCGUCUCUCCCAGAAACGAGACGAAGGUCACCAGAGUUCACCUGGAGUCCAAGUUGUACUGCGGCGUUCCCAACGCCACCAUGGUGGACGAGGAGGAGGAGCACGGGCGGAGACACCGGUUCAGGAGGGUGGUGGGCGGAUCCGAAGCCAAGCCGACCCAGAUCCAGUGGCAGGUGGCUCUGGAGGAGAACCGGAGGAUCGACUGUGGAGGAGCUUACAUCGGAGGCUGCUGGGUCAUCACUGCUGCUCACUGCGUCAGGCCGAACCCGUUGGCCUUCAGGGUGAAGUUCUCUCUCUGGAAAAAGUCUCGAGCUCAGGACACGACCGACAUCGUCCCCGUCGAAGACAUCCGCAUCCAUCCCAGCUACAAUCCCGCCACGUAUGAGAACGACAUCGCUCUGGUGCAGCUGCAGAAGCUUCCGUUCCAGGAGAAGUGUCUGGUUGACAACCCGGCCGUCAGCGCCGUCUGCGUUCCCUGGACACCUCACCUGUUCCAGCCCAACCACACCUGCAGCAUCUCGGGCUGGGGACGCACCGCAGACGGCAGGUCGGCUCAGGUGUUACGGUGGGCCAACGUGUCCCUGAUCGCAGACUGUCAGAGGUUCUACAAGGACCGCUUCAAGCCAGGCAUGAUGUGUGCAGGUGACCUGGAGGGCAGUGUGGACUCGUGUCAGGGAGACAGUGGAGGACCUCUGGUCUGUGAGGAUGAACUGGGAAUCUCAUACCUGUGGGGCAUCGUGAGCUGGGGGGAACGUGUGAUGAAGCGACUCGUUGACUCGUUGCCGUUGCAGGUCUCUCACUACUUCGAGUGGAUCCGACUCCACACAGGCUGGACUGCAGUCACCAAAUACAAUACCUGAUGAGACGGAACGAGUUCGAGCUGUUUGACGACCAAAACACUUUCACUGGUGUCUGUGGAUUAGUUCUAAAACACACUCUGGACUCAGUGAAAUACCAAUGAAAGAUGUUUGUACGGCUACAGCUAGCCGUUCAGCGUCGUCUGCUCUCUGUCAGCUGUCAGGAAAAUGCAGUUUUUAAUGUGAUGCAAAAAAAUCUAAAAUGUUUGAAAACCUGAUUGGCUCUGAUUAGCUAACGUCAUACACAUUUGAAUUGUACCGUGCAGUAAAAUGCAGUUUGUUUAUGUGUUUCAUGCAAAAUAAAAACAUACUUUGUACAGCGA